AAGCGAAAGUAGAAGCGACGGAGUGCCUGAGCGCGCGCGACGAGGCCUCUCCGUAGCUCCGCUCUUCUUCCCGGCAUGGCUGCCUCCGCGUUUGCCCCCCUCCGGGGCAAGAAGGGCCCCCGACCGCUCCUCCUCUUCCCCUUCCUCGGUCUGGUGAGCAUGGCGCUGAGCACUCCCCCUUCGGCACCGGGGCCCGCCGUGGCCAAGCUGGGCUGCUGGUUCGUGGAGGAGGCCGGGGGAGGCGGCUCGGUGAUGCCCAGCGCCCUGAGCCAGCGCCGCGCCUUCCUGCUGCUGCCCCGGCCGGGGACGCGCCUGCAAGAAGAGGCCGUUGAGCCCCAGCUGCCCCCGGAGGUGGAGCACGGCCUGGCCUUCCAAAUCCUGGACCCCUCGGGGACACUGUGGGGUGACAGGGAGCCCGGCGCCAGCCCCCUCUGGCUGGGGGAAGGCUCCGCUGACACGGAAGACAACGUCUCCUGCGAGAUCAACGCCUACCUCCCGCAGGAGGCCCACGUGCCCUGGGCCGCCGGGCUGGUGAGCGAGAAGGGCUGCCCCCGCGCCCUGGAGCCCGGGAAGUGGUUCAUCGCCACCGUCCAGAACCCGGAGGCCGGAUACGGAGUCACCAGCAUCCUGAGUGGGGAGGGCCCGUUGCCUUGGAAACAGGAGGCGGCGACGCAACGCGUCACCACCACAACAGCGGUCCUCUCGGUGUUCACCCGGACGCCACACCUGCAGUCCCGCCUGGGCCGGGACGUGCUCAUUGACUGCGGCUUCUCGGGCCCGGCCGCGGCCUUCUCGGUGGAGUGGCGCCACCAGCACAGCGGGGCAGGGCGGGUGGUGCUGGCCUACGACGGAGCCGCCCGGCGCGUCUCGGUGGCGGAGGAGGGCGCCCGGCUGUUCCUAGACCCAGGGAGCAGCAACGUCUCCCUGCACCUGCAGAACGUCCGCGUGGGCCACGAGGGCACCUACAUCUGCACCGUCUACAUGCCGCACUUGCACGCCCAGCAGGCCAUGGAGCUCAGGGUUGUGGAGCCGCCCACAGUCACCCUGCGCCCGAGCCCGCUCUCGGUGGCCCCCAGCGCCCACGCUGAGCUGGCCUGCGAGGUGGCCGGCUUCUACCCCCAGAGCGUGUCGGUCACCUGGAAGCGGCGCAGCCUCGGCGCCCCCGUGGACGUCCUCGCCGACACCUGGGAGUCAGGGCACCGGCAGUCACCCGACGGCACCUUCAGCUUCACCAGCUUCACCCGCCUGGCAGCCGUCCGGCCUGAAGACCACGGCGCCUCCUACGGCUGCCACGUGGCCCAUGCCGGGCUGGGAGACGCCGGGCUGAGGAGGGCCGUGAAGCUCCACGUGGCAGGCUCCUCCGGCCCCUCCCUGGAGGACGCAGUCGGCCUCUUCCUGAUCGCCUUCGCGCUCUUUGGGUUCCUGCAGGCGAUUUUCAGGCGGGUCUUUGGAGAGACAACCAAAACUGAGAAGCUGGAGUGAGUUGGGCAGCUGAAGCUGGUAUUUGUAUUUGGGGUUCUGGGUUUCGAUCCUCCGGAUGAAGGUAGAAAGCUGACAACCGAUCGCGGGACACAGAACUCCUGGGUCCGAUCUCUGUCCCCACCCCCCGCCCCGCUAUGCUUUCGGUACUUUUUGGUGGCCAAGGCCUCCGGCCUUUUCGAUUUUGUGUUGUGUGUGAUUGCAUUGCUUUAAUUUUAGUGGAGGGGGCGGAGCAGAGCUGUACAUAGGACCCCCCUCCCUUCUGAAAGGACUUGCUGUGUCCCCCCCACACCCCCGCCCCUGUUCCCACUUCUGCUCCCACUUCUGUGGCCCUGCGACUGCUUUGAGAAGCCGCCCGGCGUUGGCACAUGGUGCUACUGGCCGGCCGUGGGGCGGAGCGCCUUGUCACGACCUGGUUUUGAUCCCCUAUCCCAUUGGAGGACUCUGUUGUGGCUGGGUGGGGGCAGAAAGCCCCCGUUUUGCAUAAGCCCCUGGACAGCGAAGGCCACGGAAGAGGAAAGGGCUCCAAGGUGGCCGGGGCUCCGUCACGGGGUGGGGGAGUGCUUGGCAGGUCCCCCCACGCGGCUGCCCUGCUCUGUCCUUUGCCCCCGGGGCACCAAGGGGGUCAGGAGGCAUUUUAGGGAUGGCAUUCAAAGCUUUCCCGAAAGGGUUCCCCCCCAUCCACUCACCCCAGUUGUAUGUAGCAAACAGGACUCCGAACCAAGGUCCCUAGAAGCCAAAAUCCAAGCGAAGGACACAUCUCGGAAAUGUGGCGGGUUCGUGGCCUCGGCCUCUACCUCCCCUCCCUAUAGGUGGAGGGGGGGGCAGGGGGGAGCUUUUGAUCUAGAAAGCCACCAGCAGCGGGGAAAGGGUUAAGCCUGUCCUGCUCCCCUCCCUCCCCCUCCUGUUGCUGUUGCAGCUUCAAUAAAAUCCCCCCCCCACCUGCUGCCUUACAAAAAAUGGCAGGUGCCAUGGGGGGGCAGGGGCGACUUAAAGCGGCACAUCAAAUUCACCUUGGGCUGCCCCACAUGCGCCUGCAAAGGGGGGGAGCUUUGGGACACAGAUGCAAACGCCCCCCCUGCUUGGAAAACGGGGAUCUCCGAGGUCAGGGCCUUGAGACCUCAGCUGCUCCCCGGAAGUCUACUGUAAGGGCGAAGUCCGCGUGGCCGCCCCGAGUGGCACAGGCCAGACCCAGGCGGAUGCCCUCGUGAGAUCCAGGCUCUUGAGCAUCUUCGGCUGGCAGGGCUUUCUCUGCAACGCCACUGCGCAUCGUGGCCCACAGGGUGGUUUUGGGGACGGGGUGGUACCCCACGUCCUGCAGCACCGUUUGAAACCAUGCCUGCCCCCCUCCCUGCCCCUCCUGCCCUGACCCAUGGUGGCCCCUCUGCCCAUGCCCCCACCCUCGUCUAGCCUGGCUGAUGUAGAUUGUAAGCCCCAUGCGGGCAGAGCCAACCCGGUCGCUACCCGGCCAUGUGGGCGCCUUUGCCACACGACCUUCUGCAAUAAAUACAUUCUGAACACAAA